UCAUGGGGCUCCCGGGCAAUAGGGGAUCAUGGGGCCCCUGUGUCCUCGUCCACACUCAAACCACACCCAAAAAAAACCUCUCAUGGGGCCCCUUACUAACCCCGAGCCCUUGGGCAGUGCCCGAGUAUCCCAAUGGUCAGUCCGCCCCUGCUAGGAGUUUCUCAGAACAUAGAACAAUGGGAGUAUAGGGGUCACAUAGAAUCUUCUAAGGAAGUCAAGGACACAAGUACUCUUGGGGUCACAAGGCAUAUACUCAGGAAGCUAUGGACAUGAAGAAGCAUUGAGGGUACACUAGAAAUCACUCCACCAAAAAUAAUG